UAAAAAUCUAUGGAAGCUAGUGCUGUCACAAUACCAGUAUCGCAAUACUACAAUACCCGAUUUCCCAUGGCAAAAAGGAACAUGCAAAGCACACUAAACUCUUUGGUCCUUUAAAAAGCAUGCUGUAUGUAAAAUAUUGUUGCUAUAGCUUGGAAAUAAACAUGUGAUUCUGGGUGACAACAUAAGGCUGCAUGUUUCCAACAUUAGGACUGUUUUUCCUCAGGAAAUUAAGUCUGUUUAAUGUUUCCUUUCCAUGAUACCACUGAGUAUUGUUAUACUGGUAUCGUGAUAACCCUAACUACACAGCUUGAAAAGAGACUACAGUGGCCUCCCGGAUGGCGCAGUGGCACUGCAUCACAGUGCUAGCUGUGCCACCAGAGAUUCUGGGUUCGAGCCUCACUGAGAAUCUAUAUUGUGCACAUUUUUAGCAGUCCAGCAGUACAUUUUUUUACACUAUAGAAAGGUCCAUUAUGGUUUUCUAUAAUGUAAAUAUGUGACUGCAGUAUGCCCCCUAUCAGCAAAGUGGUGAUUUGAGUAUUAGUGCUGUGAGAUUGAUUGCAUGUAGUUAAAAUAAAUGGCUUUACUGUUCUCAAACAUGCCUUUGAACUGUAAACAGACAGACUAGAUGUAUGUAGGACUGUGGCGGUCCCAAAAUUUCAUCAGCUAGUGAUUGUCAAGCAAAUAACUGUCGGUCUCAUGGUAAGUGACCCUUAAUUAGGAAACACAUUUAGCAUGUCCUGGCCUACAAGCCAUUUUUAAAAAGUCUAAUGAAUCCAUGUAAUAUACAGUUGAAGUCGGAAGUUUAGAUACACCUUAGCCAAAUACAUUUUAACUCAAUUUUUCAGAAUUCCUGACAUUUAAUCCUAGUAAGAAUUCAUUGUCUUAGGUCAGUUAGGAUCACCACUUUGUUUUAAGAAUGUGAAAUGUCAGAAUAAUAGUAGAGAGAAUGAUUAUUUCAGCUAUUAUUUAUUUCAUCACAUUCCCAGUGUGUCAGAAGUUUACAUACACUCAAUUAGUAUUUGGUAGCAUUGCCUUUAGAUUGUUUAACUUGGGUCAAAUGUUUCGGGUAGCCUUCCACAAGCUUCCCACAAUAAGUUGGGUUAAUUUUGGCCCAUUCCUCCUGACAGAGCUGGUGUAACUGAGUCAGGUUUGUAGGCCUCCUUGCUCGCACACGCUUUUUCAGUCCUGCCCGCAAAUUUUCUAUGGGAUUGAGGUCGGGGCUUUGUGAUGGCCACUCCAAUACCUUGACUUCGUUGUCCUUAAGCCAUUUUGCCACAACUUUGGAAGUAUGCUUGGGGUCAUUGUCCAUUUGGAAGACCCAUUUGCGACCAAGCUUUAACUUCCUGACUGAUGUUUUGAGAUGUUUCUUCAAUAUAUCCACAUAAUAUUCCUUCCUCAUGACGCCAUCUAUUUUGUGAAGUGCACCAGUCCCUCCUGCAGUAAAGCUCCCCCACUACAUGAUGCUGCCACCCCUGUGCUUCACGGUUGGGAUGGUGUUUUUCGGCUUGCAAGCCAACCCCCCUUUCCUCCUAACAUAACAAUGGUCAUUAUGGCAAAACAGUUCUAUUUUUGUUUCAUCAGACCAGAGGACAUUUUUCCAAAAAGUACGAUCUUUGUCUCCAUGUGCAGUUGCAAACCGUAGUUGUAGCUGUAGUUUUUAUGGCGGGUUUGGAGCUGAGCAGUCUAUCAAUUUAUGUCGAUAUAGAUACUUUUGUACAUGUUUCCUCUAGCAUCUUCACAAGGUCCUUUGCUGUUGUUCUGGGAUUGAUUUGCACUUUUCGCACCCAAGUACGUUCAACUCUAGGAGACCGAAUGCGUCUCCUUCCUGAGCGGUAUGACGGCUGCAUGGUCCCAUGGUGUUUAUACUAUACUAUAUAUACUAUUGUUUGUACAGAUGAAUGUGGUACCUUCAGGCGUUUGGAAAUUGCUCCCAAAGAUGAACCAGACUUGUGGAGGUCUACAAUUUUGUUUCUGGGGUCUUGGCUGAUUUAUUUAGAUUUUCCUAUGAUGUCAAGCAGAGGCACUGAGUUUGAAGGUAGGCCUUGAAAUGCAUCCACAGGUACACCUCCAAUUGACUCAAAUGAUGUCAAUUAGCCUAUCAGAAGCUUUUAAAGCCAUGACAUAAUUUUCUGGAUUUUCCCAAGCUGUUUAAAAGCACAUUCAAUUUAGUGUAUGUAAACUUCUGACCCACUGGAAUUGUGAUACGGUGAAUUAUAAGUAAAAUAAUCUGUCUGUAAACAAUUGUUGGGAAAAUGACUUGUCAUGCACAAAGUAGAUGUCCUAACUGACUUGCUAAAACUAUAGUUUGUUAACUUCUCGAGGAUAGGGGGCAGCAUUUUCACAUUUGGAUGACAAGUGUGCCCAGAGUAAACUGCGUCCUACUCAGUCCCAGAUGGUAAUAUAUGCAUAUUAUUAUUAGUAUUGGAUAGAAAACACUCUGAAGUUUCUAAAACUGUUUGAAUCAUGUCUGUGACUAUAACAAAACUUAUUUGGCAGGCAAAACCCAGAGGACAAACCAUUCAGAAUUUUUAUUUUUGAGGUCACUCUCUUUUUAAUGGGGUUUCAUUGGGAAUCCAGAUUUCUAAGGGACCUUCCUGCAGUUCCUAUCGUUUCCACUGGAUGUCAACAGUCUUUAGAAAUUGGUUGAGGUUUUUCCUUUGAGAAAUUAAGAGGUAGCCAUGUUCAGAAUGAGGCUCCAGUGAAGGGUACUGUUUGUUAGAGGCGCAUGACCAGAAAGCAUGCCACACAUUGUUUUCCUCCGGUAUUGAACACUAAUCAUCCCGUCUUAAAUUUUAUAGAUUAUUUACGUUAAAAAAUACCUAAAGUUGUAUUACAAAAGUAGUUUGGCCAAAGCUUACAGGUAACUUUUGAGUUAUUUUGUAGUCACGUUGUGCAAGUUGGAACUGGUGUUUUUCUGGAUCAAACAAGCCAAAUAAAUUUCAAUUUUGGAUAUAUAUUGGUGGAAUUAAUCGAACAAAAGGACCAUUUGUGAUGUUUAUGUCCCAUAUUGGAGUGCCAACAGAAGAAGCUCGUCAAAGGUACCCCAGAAGUCAUGUGUGUUGUUCAGAGCACAACUCGUCAGGUCCAGGUGUGUCUAGUGGAGACAGCAGCCCCCCAGAGCAUCUUCACGACCAUGAGCAUGCACAGUACCACAGGACGGACCACAAGAUGGAGUCGCCGAGGACACACACACACUCCUCCUACGACAUGGGACUGGAGACGGAGAGGGCUGCACUAGAGGAGCCCAACACACACAACACUGAACAGACUGUGAAUCAGGAGGAGCCUGUAGUGGUAGAGGUCUGGUCAGCCCCAGAACCACACGCUGAUCCUGAACCCCCCGCUGCUGCUGAGCUACGCACACAAAUGACACAGCCUCACACACACACACACCCAGAGCCCGAUACACAACUCCCUCCCCUCCAGGACCAGGCAACGCCACCCUCCUCCACCCCAUCGCCCAGCAAUGACCUAGCCCAGGACCAAGCCUCCACAGACCCCCCAGCCCCGGCCGAGACCCGCAGUGAUGCCCUGGCAGAACCCAGCCCAGCCCCGGCCACAGAAGACCCCCAACACACACCUACCUCUACCUCUCACACCCCUGCUCCAGCCCCAGCCAGUGGUGAUGCUGACCCAGUAGAAAGCCAGUCAGAGCAGGAUCAAAUUCAGGCUGGUUCUGAUGCUGAUGUCCAAGCAUCUGUCAGCCCAGAGGACCCAGACCAGGACCAAGGUCUACCAGAGCUGGACCAGGGGGGAAACACCUCCGACAGGCACCAAGACACCGACCAAGACCAGCAGGCAGUGGAUGCCAGUGAUGCCAGUGAUGCCAGCGCUAUUGAGACGGACCCCUCAGUGCCCAGUAAGGAGGACAUCCCAACCUUCGACGAGUGGAAGAAACAAGUCAUGGAGGUGGAGAAGGAGAAGACUCUGUCCCUCCAUACCUCUUCAAGUGGAAGCACCCCUGUGAAGAAGGUGCAGAAGAACUUUAAAAACAACUAUGCUUCUGUGGAGUGUGGAGCUAAGAUACUGUCAGCUAACACAGAGGCCAAGAGUACAUCUGCCAUCCUUAUGGAGAAUAUGGACCUGUACAUGCUGAACCCCUGCAGCAUUAAGAUCUGGUUUGUGAUAGAGCUUUGUGAGCCCAUCCAGGUGAAACAGUUGGACAUCGCUAACUUUGAACUGUUCUCCUCCACACCUAAAGACUUCCUGGUCUCCAUCAGCGACAGGUAUCCCACCAACAAGUGGUUGAAGUUGGGAACAUUCCACGCCCGUGACGAGCGCACCGUCCAGAGCUUCCCAUUGGACGAACAGCUCUACGCCAAAUACAUCAAGAUGUUCAUCAAGUACAUAAAGGUGGAGCUCAUCUCCCACUUUGGAUCAGAACACUUCUGUCCCCUCAGCCUUAUCAGGGUGUUUGGUACCAGUAUGGUGGAGGAAUAUGAAGAGAUUGCAGAUUCUCAGUACCCCUCAGAGAGGCUGGAAUACCUUGAUGAGGAUUAUGACUACCCUCCUGGGUACCUCCACUCUGAGGACAAGGGGUCUAAAAAUCUGCUGGGCUCUGCCACAAAUGCCAUUCUCAACAUGGUCAACAACAUAGCAGCCAAUGUUCUGGGAGGCAAGCCUGAGGGAGGAGCACAGAUAGAAGCCAACGCAUCAUUAGAAGCCCAGAACGAGACCGAGGGGAACAAAGAUCUGCAGCUCACCCCAACUCCAACCCCCACCACUCCUCCUCCAGCUGUGGAGACGGUAGAGCCAGACUACCCUGCUCCCCAGGAGGACCCUGAGGUCCCCCUCUCCUCCCUGCUUCCCCCCUCCCCGGAGGAUGGACAGAUCGUGACUCUGGUGGUGCAGGAGGAGGAGGAGCCCCCACAGUCCACUGUGACUCUGAUGGAGGAAGAGGGGGAUGAUAACGAGCAGGAGGAGCGAGAGGAACAAUGGAUGAGGGAGAGAGAGAGCCAGCUGUACUGUCCAAUCUCUUCCGUCUCUUCUCUUUCUUGUGUGGCCACACUGCCAGAGUUGCUACAGCGCUGGUGUGACGCUCACCUCGCCAGAGAGAGGCAGCAAGACACACACACCCCUAUACAGGUCCCUGUCCCUACUCCCACACACACACAGGAAGCCCCAACACACACACAGACGGUUCCUGAGCCUGAGACUGCCCCCCAGGACCAACAUGAGGGGCUACCCCCUUUAGACUCUCAAAAUCAUACCAAUCACAUCGACACACACCACGUGGACCCUAUCAUUUUGCUGGAGCCUAGCCGGACCUCUACCCUGCCCCGCCACAGCUUCUCUCAAACCUCCCUCUGCAAACCCACCCCUACCCAGGACGAAGCUCCCCAGCACCCCAGCCAAGAAGACCCUGUCCCCCCUCCAGCCCUGCAGGGAGCCCCCGUCCCGGAGACUCAGCAGGCCAGCACCCCCACCCCUACUCCCAGCUCCACCGCUCCCCUACACCUACCAACCUCUGAGACAGCCUCCCUGGACAUCCCUCCACCCCCCCUGAAGGAGCAACCAGUCCAGCCCCUUCCCACAGCCUCUAGACCUGCAGACCUCCCCACUCCCACCGACCUCCCUGUCCCCCCUCAGCCUGACACAAACGCAGAGCCACAUACACCCAGGGCUGGGGCAGAGAGUGGAGACAUCCAGGGUCAGGGGGAGCAGGGAGACGCCUCUGCCCAGCCAGCAGAACACAUGCGUGGGGAAGAAUCCGUGGAAGACCUACUGCUUAGCGUCCCGGUGACCGCUAACGGACAUUUACACCGGACGGCUACAGACUUCUACGCUGAGCUGCAGAGUGCGGGGGAGUACAUUGGAGGGAAUGGGAAUGGAGGGGUGAACGGAGGAGUGAACGUGCACGGCUCCAGUCAGAAGGAGAGUGUGUUCAUGAGGUUGAACAACAGGAUCAAAGCCCUGGAGAUGAACAUGUCCCUCAGCAGCAGAUACCUGGAGGAACUCAGCCAGAGGUAUCGUAAGCAGAUGGAGGAGAUGCAGAGAGCGUUCAACAAGACCAUCAUCAAACUGGAGAACACCUCCCGCAUCGCUGAAGAACAGGACCAGCGGCAGACAGAGUCAAUCCAGAUGUUACAGGGCCAGCUGGAGAACGUCACCAAGCUGAUGAUCAACCUCACCAUGACUGUCUCACAGCUACAGAGAGAGGUGUCUGACCGACAGAGUUACCUGGUGGUCUCUCUAGUCCUGUGUCUCUGUCUGGGCCUGGUGCUCUGCCUGCAGUGCUGCUGGAGCGCCAACACACACACCGUCACACACACUGCAGGCAACCACUACCCCAGCCCCAAGAGGUGUUUCUCCUCCUAUGAUGAUUUGAGUCUGAAGCGGAGGGUAUCGUGCCCUCUACUACGCUCCAAGUCCUUCACCUUUCCUACUUCCGAAGUAGGCCCCGACGACCUUUACAUUGUUGAACCUUUAAGGUUCUCACCAGAGAAAAAGAAGAACCGAUGUAAACUGAAGGCAGCAUUAUCAGCCCCCUCUUCUCCGAUGGCUAACGGGGGACUCAAAUGCAAUGGUCUCCCCCACUCCCCGAAUCGCCCUCCUCCUCCCCCUCUAGAAGACAUGUCCUGUAAGGAGCUCCCCUUCCCAUCAGAGAGUAGCAGCUGUAGCUCCUCCAACCACUCUGAAGAGUCCUACAUCAGCCGAGGCCAUCCCCUCUCCUCCCCCCCAGGCCUGUGUAAUGGCCACGCUGCCCUUCCCCUCCCGUCCUACCUUACCACUCUCCCCCUCCCUCCCUCUAAGAGGUCAGUGAAGCGUCGACGGUCUCGUCAGGCAGAUCUGCAGUUCUCCUCCAGACAGACAGGAGGCGCUGCUGUGAACUCUCUGCACAGCCUGCAGCAGCUGAUCAAGGGAAACAAGGAGAUCAGUGUGGGGACCAUAAGAGCCACAGCAGUCACAGGACACAUCUGAUCACACACACCCUGGUAGCAGACUUGGUUAGGGAUAUGUGAAAGGGUGUGGUCUUGCCCCAAAAUGGCCACAUCUCUGAACCACAUCUCCCAUGAGCACCCGGGCCACAGUGGAACUCGGACACCAUGAUAUUAGUCACCCAGCAACAGCCAUUCAGAGACCUCUCCACAGUCAUGUGCCUUUCUGUCUACUCUAAAGCUUUCACUGAUAUAAAAAACACUGAAAGGAUUGUUCUUUUUAUGUUUGGAGCGAGACUAAUGGUGGGGAGUGUUACUAGAAAACAGACAUUCAUUCAGCUGUUUCUACUGGACAAGCACAUCAGACCUGGGCAUCAGGGGCUUGUACUCCAGCCCUGUGCCCAGAGGAGAGGGGCUGAGUAGAGCUCUUACCUGAAGCCUGUGAAAGUACAGUAUGAAGCUGUAAGGAUGAAAUGUGUUGCAGUGAGAGAACUGUGCAGCAGGAUUAGCUUCUUCUUUAAACUCUCCCUCUUUCCUCCAUUUCCACAUUCUGUUCAUUCUCUGUGCAUUGUUCAGCGGUAGCUAACACCACUGCAGUUGUUCAUAUGGGACCAGGGUGUUAACCCUUCACACACAACAGGCCCUCAGUCUCCCUUUCUCAGGCAGUCUAACCUAACACCACACAACCAGCAGAGCUGAAUGAAGAUACAUACCCAAUGUGGGUUUGAGCGUUGGUGUGUGUGCAUGCAAGCGUUCCUGUCUCUAGCCCAUGUUUAUCCAGCUCUGAUACAAAGGAACAUGCUCUAUACCUCUUGAAUUAGUUAACCUAGCUAUUCUCCAGUCAGACCUCCAAUGGUAGUGUGUGUGUGUGUGUGUAUACAGAGAGCCAGCCAAGAGGAAAGGGAUCUUGUACUGUAUAGGCUGGCUGUUUUUGCACAUUGUGACAGGUCAACAGAACCCAGAGUUAGUUAGGUUGUUUUUAUAUUGAGCUGUAUAUGAGCCAUGCUGAGAGCUGAAUGUUGUGUGUUAUUAUAGUUGUUAGGAUCAGUUUAGUCUGAAGAUGUCGGUGUGUUCGAGCACACAAACACCCGCUGUUGGUAGAAGUUGCCUCUAGGAUCUGCUUUUCCUCCCCCAAUUCCUAAUGUUAACCAUUCAUAUCAACAGUGCAAUGCAACACUGACCUUUCGAUCCGUGACACAGGGUAAUGUCAGUCGAGAGCAGAUCCCCUGAGGUCCUGUAGGGGAUGCUGUGAGGCCACUUUUAUUUAUCUAGUUAUUUAUGUUCUGGCCUCAAAACAACCCUAUCAUACUGUAGCCCAGGGGAAACACAUGGUACAUGUUACAUAGAAUAAUAAUGAUUGCAAUUAAAACACAAAGGUAGAUGUAUUGUACAUAGCAUUUUACUGUCGCAUACUGUAUGAUUGUCACUGGCUGCCCGACACUAGUUCACCUCUUGCGACCAAUAUUUGUUUUGUGUUUUCAAAGCUAAACGGACAACAAGGUAUCAUCCACCUUUUGUCUCUGUAAAGGUGGAUGUAAAGGUGGCUUGAUCAUCUGGUGUUUGUAGAGUUGCCUCCACUGUCACACCUGCACACACACCAUCCUGUUAAUUAGAACUCUACCAGGGAACAGAGGGCUGUAACAGUAACAGUCCCAAUAACUGCUGGGGUCGUAUACAAACCAGCUUCACCUCACCAGUCAGUGUUAUGGGAAAUCCUUUGGGAAGAUGACGUUAAAACAAGAAAUGUUUGAAGUCAAUUUGUUUGUCUGUCUCUAGAUGUCUGUGCAAGGAUGUGAUUGGAACGGCAAAAGUCAAUUUUAAUAAGUUGCGGAUGUGAAAAAUCAGUGUACUAUAUAUCUGUAUAUCUGUGCCAGUGGUUAGAUGGCCUCUGAGCUAUGUUGGGUUGGUUGUUGACUGACUGAGAAAGAGAGACUGGGCCCACUGUAUUCCACAAACUACACACACCACACUCCCUCUACAGUAUACUUCCAUUACCUCUACAGACCAGCCACCCAGGUCCCCUACUCCACACACUGACCUCUGACCCCUACACAGUUCAGGGUUCAGAAAGUGUGAAGAGCUCUCUUUUAGUGCAUCUGUUUUAAUUGAACCACUUCUGUUCCCAUUACCAAGAACAGCACCUUUAACUGGCCACCUCUGCUGUCCUUACUAGCUCGUCAUUCAUUAAUGUGUUCAUUACUGUGCAUUCACCCCACCUCAAAUAAGGUAGUGGUUUUCAGGAGUCUGAAGGAACUUGUGAAUUUAAAAGGGAAUGUUGGGAAAGGGUUUGGAAUACACUGUUUUAUCUGAUUACAAGUGUUCCACACCCAGUGAAUCAUGACCCACUUUGUUUUUCUACCCUUUUUGAAUGUGUAUGAUAUUAUGGGUAGGUGUGUAUGAUAUUAUGGGUAGGUGUGUAUGAUAUUAUGGGUAAGUGUGUAUGAUGUUAUGGGUAAGUGUGUAUGAUGUUAUGGGUAAGUGUGUAUGAUGUUAUGGGUAAGUGUGUAUGAUGUUAUGGGUAAGUGUGUAUGAUGUUAUGGGUAAGUGUGUAUGAUGUUAUGGGUAAGUGUGUAUGAUGUUAUGGGUAAGUGUGUAUGAUAUUAUGGGUAGGUGUGUAUGAUGUUAUGGGUAGGUGUGUAUGAUGUUAUGGGUAAGUGUGUAUGAUGUUAUGGGUAAGUGUGUAUGAUGUUAUGGGUAAGUGUGUAUGAUGUUAUGGGUAAGUGUGUAUGAUGUUAUGGGUAAGUGUGUAUGAUGUUAUGGGUAAGUGUGUAUGAUAUUAUGGGUAAGUGUGUAUGAUAUUAUGGGUAAGUGUGUAUGAUAUUAUGGGUAAGUGUGUAUGCAUGCAAGAGUGUUUCUUGGUUCUCUUGAUGCGUGUUUGUGAGAGACUCAGCGAAGCCCUAAUUUAACACACUGACUAGAGAUUGGUCGUCGGUGACCUCCAGGUCUGUGUGCACUUUGUUAUUAUUACUGCCUUUUGUUUUUCUACACUAAACGCUGUCUGUCAACUGCUUUGUUUCCACGCUUCUCUCUUUCUCUGAGUAUUCUGGGAAAGAGCUGCACAGUAUUGUGGAACAGAAUCGAGAGGAACUACAAAGGUGUAGUGCCAUUAGAAACUGUGAAUUUCCAAAUAAAACAUUUAGUCUUUCA